CUAUCGGUAGUUAAAGUAAAAUAAGUGACGAUAUGACAACAGCGCUGAUACAGUCAUGAAAAUCAUUCGGAUAUUAUGAAAUGCUAGACUCUCGUACCAUUAGUGACUACGGCGUUGUGGUGUACGGAUCGUGAGGUUAUCUGUGGAUUUGUACCUCGAAAUUGAAAAAAAAGUACGAAUCGAUCCAAUAAUCGUGACAAAUUUAUUUUUAAUUGUCAUUAUAAAUCGACAAACCUUCAAUUACUAAUAAUUUAUUUUCGAGGACGAUAUUAUAUAAGGAUAAUCCGUAAGAUGAAGAGCGGUAGUACUUCAAAUAUUAUUUACAAAGAAGUUAUAAUUGUUGGAAACGGUCCGAGUGGAAUAAUUCUCUCAUUUGUACUUUCCGGAAACGUGCCUUACAUCGUAUCCGAUGCACAUCCAGAUGAAAUGUUAUCUGCUAGAUUACGAUCGGCGGUAGGACAAUGUCUUCUUUAUCAAGAUCUGGAAUUUUUAUCGCAAGGAUUGGAAGGUAGAUCUACUAAUCAAGUAUCUCUAUUAAUGGAUGCUCUUUUACAUCCUAACGCCGAUAUGGGAUGGGAUCUGGCACCAUUGGUAGAAUUUAGAAAAACCGGAAAGGAGAUCGAUCACAUCGUUUUGGGUAAAGGACCCCCGGGUGGAUCGUGGCACCGCAUGGAUCCGCAAAUACUGACCAUAUCCCUAGGUAAUUGGAUGGCUUUGCCCGGUUUACCAUUCGAUUCGAGAGAUUCUGGAGAAAAAAGGGCUUACGCGAGCAACGUCGCCAAAUAUUACGUCAAGUACACAGAAAAAAUGAAACUCUCCAAAAACUUUCACAAUUUCAUCACCGUCAAUUCCGUAGAACAAAUCAAAAACGAUUACGAACGAAACAAGAAAAAUAACUGGGUUAAUAAAAUAAACGACGAAAUAAAAGAAAACGUUGAAUCGGAAUACGAGGAGAAUUCAAUAGAAACGCACAGUUGUUGUAUAUCCGAUGCAAUUGAUUGCCUAAUGUUGAAAAAUAGGAAAAAAACUCGAUGCAAACGACCUCGAGACAGAAAUUGCUACGCGGAAUUGCCCAAAAAGAACGAAAAAAAACGUUCGAUCAGUUUCAGCUGUGAUAGGAACGGUUAUAAUUGUGAUAAUUUUUAUUCUUCUUCUUUAAACGAGAAACUGCUCAGAAAUUCCUUUAGUUUAGAUCUAUCGGUGCCUUCUUACAAUCCCGCGAUCUGUGAUAACGAAUCCAAUUGGAUUGUGAACGCCGUUGACGGCAACACCGACGAAAAAUUAACUUACGCUUGUAAAUAUUUAAUUUUAGCCAACGGAGGCAGCGAUUUGCCGAAUAGAUUGGAAGUUUCGAGGAUUAAGAAGGAUCCUCAUUGGAUAUUUUACGAUUUGAGGAGUUUGGAAAAUAAUUUGGAUACUUAUAUGGCCGACGAUAGGGAAAAUAUCGAUCCGGUUUUGGUAGUUGGUGCCGGUUUGAGCGCCGCCGACGCUAUUAUAGCCGCUAGAGGGAGAAACAUUCCUGUCGUUCAUCUUUUCAGGCAGAGAUCGCCGGAAUUGAGCAGACAUCUUCAGGAAAAUCUGUAUCCCGAAUACCAUAAGGUACACCAAAUGAUGUUAGACGGCGGAUCCUCUUACCCUUAUUACACAUCUUACCCGGAAUAUACAUUGACAGAUUUUGAUGCAGAUUCCAGAACAGUGAUUAUAACCUCAAAAGACGGCGUCGAAUCGAAAAUAAACGUUUCGUUCGCUGUAAUUUUGAUCGGAUCCAGACCGGAUUUAUCUUUCCUACCAGAACAUAUAAAACUUGGUAUACAUAAAAAUAUUCCGUUGGAUUGCAAGACGAAUCCCGCGGAUAUAGAUCAAUUGACGCACUGCGUCAGAGGUUAUGAAAAUUUAUUUGUGAUUGGUCCUUUGGCAGGUGAUAGUUUUGUAAGAUUUUUGUCCGGAGGAGCUCUGGCAGUUACUUCGGAAUUGUAUAGGAGAAAAUGUUAUUUUUAGGAAAAUAAAUUUGUAAAUAAUUGAAAAACGUUUUGGAAAUUCUAAAGGUUGAAUACACGCGGCAGUAGACGUGUUAAAAAUUUAUUUUAUUGCGUUUUUAAUGUUUGUUUUUAAUUACGUUGAAAAUAAGGUUGAACUUGAAGGGGUACUCAUAACCAAGCAUUUCUUUUAUUUUUAAACCUCCCUGCAAUGAGAUGUAGUUCCAGUGAUUUCAAGAAAAUUCAACAAACGAUUUCAAAAAUUGUAUAAAUAAUUUUUUUUUCGAAAUAUUUCUAAAUGUUUUGGUUAUUUUUUAUAUAAUCUUUUAUAUUUAUAAAAUAUUGUUGAUUCGAUUAUAAAACGUACUAAAUGGGAAACAAUGUCAAUGGCUUUCUUUGAAUAAGUAAAUAUUUCAAUUUAUUCACUUUACUGUCAACAUUUGCACAUAAAAAUGAAAAAAAUUGAUAUUUCAAAGUUAGUACUUGUUAGUUUGAAAUUACUAUCAUUAAAUGUCGAAAAUUUAUUUUUAAUUUAAUAAAAACCUAUACACACUAAUUAUUUUGAUAAAGAUCAGUUAUUGCUAUUGUUUUCAAGUUAAUUAGCAGUAUAAUAAUAAAUUACAGUAUAUUUUAAUAAUUAAUAACAUUCCACUUAUCCAUUUUCAUACAGCGGACUCUCGUUGACGUCUCAUAUUUACUACAACCUUAUUUUCAAUCUAUAACAUCAAAAUCAUGAAAGAAAUUGAAGUUAAAUCAAAUGCCGAACAAUUUAAUUGCAAUUAGGGAACGAGAAAGUAAAGAAAAACAAGAAGAAAACAGCAAAAAGAAAGACAAAGGAAACUUCGUAGCUAAUAAACAAACUAUUAUUUAUACCAAAAAAGAAUUUCUCAAUAAUUCUAGAAACUUAAUAUACAAAGAAAUAAAAAUCCAUUCAUAGAAAUUUGUCCAAAAAAAAACAAUAUAAACAAAUCGCAGCUAUGUUAAAAACAGACAACCGAACAGGACUGGUUUUACGGUCCAUGUAGUGGACGAGUUCUUAACUAUAAAGUGAAUUUCUUUGAUUAUAUUCAUUUACUGGUUUCCAGUAAACUGUUAAUUUGCUAUUAUUUGAUAUUAAUACCAUAUGAAACUAUACUUGCCUUAGAAUAUUAAUUUUAUUUAUAAUUAAAAGAGAAUCCUCAAAUUUUUUGAUAUAUUUAAAUACUCUAGUACGUAUUAUUUAUGAAUUUUUAUAAGGUGUUAUUUUUACUAGACACUGUUGGCACUUGUGGAAAUAUUCAAUAUAGAAGUAAAUAUAUUUUCUAUAUAAAAGAUUA